UUCCGAGAAGUAAACAAAGCAACAAUCUUGUAAAAAAGAUUAAAUCGAUCAUAUUUGAUGCAGCUGGGGCACAUGUAACAGUGAUAGCCGCUACUACCACAAGCCACACAUGAGCAAUGUUACGUUUUAUCCAUUUCCAAAGCCAAGUGUUGACUUAAGAAGAUGUUUAUACUGGAUACAGCAAUGUGCCCACUCAAGUUUAUCAGCUGAAAAAAUUGGAAAACACCACUAUGUUUGCUCUAAACAUUUUCCCGAUGGAGCCAAAGAUCCAGUGUUGGCCUGGCCCUUACCUACCCCAACAGUUGAUAUACUGAACAUUAUAACAAUGGAUGCCCCGGAGGGAAGUGAAACAAAUGUAAAGGAUAAUCCAGAAUCGUACCUAACAAGUGAGACCGGAGUAAAAAGACCACUGUGUGAUGUGGAAGAAGACAUAGAAGCCCCACCAGAGAAAAGGUCUAAAUCAGAAGCUGACGAGAAAGAAGAGGUUAUUGAAGAAAAGCAACAUUCUCCAAACAGUGAAAGUGUGACCAAACCUGAAGCUGCUCAGGAAGAGCACAGAACACAGAAAUCUAUCAGUGACUAUGAGCCACAGGAAUUGACCAAUUCUAUAAAAACUGAACUAAUAGCCAAGUCUGAGGAAAAAAAUAUUGAUUACAAGGUGGAUGCUGAUGUUAAAGUAAGACCAGAGCAAGAUCUCGAGGCAAGUGAUAAGGAAAUUAAAAAAGCUGAAGAUUUGAGUCUUAAUGUGAAAAAUGCAGAAGAAAUGGAGAUGCAACCAGAAAAUACCUGUAAUAAUAUGAAUAUGUUUAUGUCUGAUAAGGUUAAGGAUAUAGAUGCUUCACUUACUGACAUAAAUGAGGUUAAAGAGAAGAAAGAUGAAUGUAUGCAGGAUGAUCAGUCGAAUACAAAGGAUGAUGAUGUAAAAGAAAAUAUUGAAGAAAAUGGAACUGUUAAAUCAGAUAAUGACAUGAGUAGUUCACAAGAAAGUGAAAAAGAAAACAUGGAAGUAGAUGCUCCGAUGGAUUUGACCAGAAAAACUCCAACUUCAAAUGGGCAAGACAUUAUUAUGCUCUCAGAUGAAGAUGAAGAUCCGAAGAGAUUUACUGGAGAUAGAGAAUUGUCACUUCAGGAGUUGAAACUAAAACAGAGGAUGAUCAAGAGGCUCCAGGCUGAACUUCGUAAUGAAGAAGCAAAACUGGUUUUGUUGAAGAAAUUAAGAUUCAGUCAAAUUGCACCGCAAGUGAAUGACAAUUUGCAAAGAAAAACUCCUACAAAUAAUUCUGCCCAGCCACCACCAUUAGUUCGUGGAAAUCAGCCACCAGUCCCAAUGAAGCCAGCUAACAUUCAGGCACCACAGCAGCCCCAACGAGCCAUGGGGAAUGCCCUUAAUAAGAGCCAGGGUCCCCCACCGCUAGUCAUGGCACCCAAGGUAGACCAGCGCCAAUUGGAAAAACAAAUGAAGCUUCUGCAAGAGCAUCAGAUCAGGCAGAGACAGGCUGUACCUACCAACCAACAGCAACAACAGCAACAAGCAAACCUGGCUGGAUUUAGGGGCACACAAGCUCAGGCUGAUGCCUUGCGACAGCUGCAGCAGGUGCAACAAAGAGCAGCAGAGGAAACUCCAGAAAAGAGACAAGCUGCUGCCAAGUUGGCACUAAGAAAACAACUCGAGAAGACCCUACUGCAGAUCCCACCACCGAAGCCUCCCCCACCGGAGAUGAACUUCAUACCUAGUCUAGCCAGUCCUGACUUCAUAUAUCUUCUUGGUCUGGAAGAGGCUGUCAACUUUAUCAUUGACACCAAUCUGAUAUCCAAAGGGAAGAAGAGCCCAGAUGAAAAGAUGGUGUGUAAUCCAUUCACAUGCGUUCAGUGUGGCACUGAUUUCACUCCUGUCUGGAAGAGGGAAAAGCCUGGCUCAAAGAAUGUCAUCUGUGAGCAGUGCGUCACCUCCAACCAGAAAAAAGCCCUGAAGCAAGAGCACACGAACCGUCUGAAGAACGCCUUCGUGAAGGCCCUGCAGCAAGAGCAGGAGAUUGAGAGAAUGCAGUCGCAAGAACUGAAAGCCACUGCAUCCGCUGUGACCCUGUCUUCCUCAUCUUCCAGCUCAUCCUUAAAGGAGAAAGCUGAGACCAGGGAAAGGGAUGCGAGGGACGCUUCAGCAAGAGAUGCUUCAGCAAGGAACGCAGCGGCCGUCCAGAAUGCUGCUGCCCAGGCACAGGCUUACAAAGAGUCAAUGGAAUCUUUGAGACAGCAACAUCAGAACUUGGUGCAAGCCCACCAGGCAGCGGCUCUGCGUAUGGGGCAGCCUUUAGGUCUGCAGUUCAAUCCUAGAGGACCAUUUCCAUAUCAGUUGCCGUUUGCCCGGGCGUCAGAUCUUCAACGACAAUAUCUGCUAGAUAUGAUCCCCAAGGGAGGACUUCCGUGGAACUCUUGAGCUAACUUAUGAUGAUAUGAUUGCUGUACUGUUAAUACUGGGUAAUCAGUUUUAUAGAUAUUGUGUGACUUGAAGUCAUUGUUGUGUGAAAGUAACUUUGGAAAGAAUACAUGUCAUUUCUUUUUUUCGAUUUUCUGACCAAUAAUGCUUAUUGUACUGUAGUGAAGUUAACAGUUAUUUGUUUUUUUGUAGAUACAUGUACUAAAAGAUAAUCAUGACAAAGA